AUGCCAGUAAUCUCUUGUCGCCGGCGCGUCUGGACGUUCGGUUGUCAGUCGGUCAGUCCGUGGCAGGCGCGCAAGAUGUGCGCGUGGAAUUUGUGCGCGCGCUUGCUCGCCCUGGCCGCCGUGCUGGGGAGCGUCUCCGCUCGAGUCCAGCCGAAUAAGGCAGCGAUCUACGUGGACGUAGCUCCCCACUCCGAGGAGACGGGCGAAGUGGAGAGGCGGUACACGGACGAGCUGAUCCAAGAAUGGAGGUCCGCCAGCGCCGAUGCCCUGCUGCUGUUCACGGAGUACUCGGCGAUGGCCGGAGACGAGCUGAACAGGUUCCUGAGGAACAUAUCCUCGCUGACGGCGGAAACUGUGGCCGCUAUGGAUCGAACAGUUUUGGACAAUGCGCCAGUUUCCUGUCGAGCGAAAUUCGAGAGCCGCCUGAAGAAGAUAGAGUACGACGCACACCGGGCGGCCAGCUUCAACGGCGAGAACCACCACAAGUUCCUCCUCGGCCACAUGAUCGUCUUCAGGAUGCAUCUGAACAAGAGCGAAGAUUACAUUAAUAAGUGCGAUAAAAUAAUCAAAGACUGCGGCAUCCCCUGUGAGACAACACCACGAAUAACAAGAUGGCGCCGCCUCGCUUUGGACGAAAUCAACAGAGUCCGUGACGACAUUCAACAUUCGAGACGAUCCUACCGCGACUUGCUGGUGCACGCCAAAAGGCGCCUCAACCAUGUCAGAAAGCACGCCAACCUACGAGCCUUUGCGGCCGUGCAAGAGCUAAACGAUUGUGUUCGAACUGGUCGAAAUCAAACCAAA